UCUGCUGGGGCUGCAUUUUCCCAGGGCUCAAUCAUGAGUAACCCUAUAGUUGGACUAAUGUUGGGUGUUCUGGUGACAGUAUUAGUUCAGAGCUCCUCUACUUCUACUAGUAUCAUAGUCGCUAUGAUCGCCGCCGGCAUAUUGGAGUUGACUCCAGCAAUAAACAUAAUCAUGGGGGCAAACAUUGGGACAACAGUGACGAAUACAAUUGUCAGUAUGGGACAAUCAAUGGACAGGAAACAAUUCCGUAGAUCCUUUGCAGGAGCGACAGUUCACGACUGCUUCAACUGGCUGUGUGUUGCAGUGUUCCUCCCAUUGGAAGCUCUCUUCCAUCCGAUAAGGUUUCUCAGCGAGAUUAUAGUGAAAGGUGUGGGCAAAUCUUCUGGAGAAAACCAAGAUUUCAUCAAAAUCAUCACGAAACCCUUCACGGAUAAGGUUAUCAGAAUGAACAUCAAGAAAGUUCUGGCGGAAGUCACAAAGGUUUGUCUUCUUGGUAUUGUGUUAUCUUUCCCCAAAGUACAAUAUUUGUCAUUUGUCGUCUCCCAACAACAUGAUUAG